AUGAUGGGGGCGAGGCUCCUGGGGGCGGCGGUGGUGGCGCUGUGCUGGGCGGCGCAGGCGGUGGCGGCGUUCCGGAACGUGACAACGCGGCGGUUCGAGGAUGGCUACACGCCGCUCUUCGGGGAGAGAAACGUCCUCCCCUCCGGCGACAGCCGCAGCGUCCGGCUACUCCUCGAUCAGUAUACUGGUGAGGGACUGUCCUCCUCCUUCCUUCUCCUUCCUCUUCCUCUUCCCCUGGAUUGCUCUCUCGGCCUCCAUUCUACGUCCUCGAAUUGGGUACUGACGCUUCUCGUGACUCGGCUGCAGGAUCCGGCUUCAUCUCCUCUGAUCUCUACAACCAUGGAUUCUUCAGCGCCAAGAUCAAGCUCCCCUCCGACUACACCGCGGGCGUCGUCGUGGCCUUCUACGUGAGUAUCAGUAUCAUCGUCAUCAUCAUCGUCGUCGUUAACCAUACUUCUGAUAGAUAGAUCAUCUCCUCCACUCUCUUCCGUGGAGAUAAAUUCCGAUGCCGAAGGUGCCUUCCCCUGCAACAGUCUGGACCAUCCCCCGUCGUAUCUCCAUUGGUUGAUUCUCCUUAGCGUUAGCAGCUUUCUGUUUAUCUGGAGUAGCACGCAUCCCGGGGUUUCCUCGUAGCCAACGAACGUCGAAACUGGUCUCCCCAGCCAGGAACCCCCAUCUUCAUCCUCAUCUCAUUUGUUUAGAUAUAUCUCUGGAAACCCUAAACGAUCCGCAGAACACCAUCCCACUCAUCCCUCUUGUUUACUUUGUUCUUCCGAUCUCAGGUCCGACUCCAAUUCUCCCACUGCGGCUGUUUCCUUGGAAAUUAAAUACCUAACUGCCGGCCGAUUAAAUGAGUGCUUGAUCACCUGAUGAGUUAAUUUCUCUUUGAUGGUUGCGGUGGAGUGGAGUGAUUUAUUUCUUUCCUAGAUUGCCAUUAAUAUCUGCAACGAGAGUUAACCGGGGACGAUGGUGGUGUGCCGUCGCAGACAUCUAACGGGGAUAUCUUCGAGAAGAACCACGACGAGCUGGACUUCGAGUUCCUCGGCAAUGUCCGAGGCCGAGAGUGGAAGGUGCAGACCAACGUCUACGGCAACGGCUCCACCAGCCGCGGCCGGGAGGAGCGCUACCUCCUGCCCUUCGACCCCACCGCCGAGGCCCACCGAUACUCCAUCCUCUGGACCGAGGAGACCAUCAUGUGAGCCCGCCGGAGAAGACGACCUGAACCCUAUUUUUCCCGUACGUUUUCUGUUGCAGACGGCCGGUCUUUAUUCCGCGAAUUUUGGUGGCAGCUUUUACAUCGACGAUAUGCCUAUCCGGGAGGUCCGCCGGAGCGCCGCCAUGGGAGGGGACUACCCCUCGAAGCCCAUGUCCCUCUACGCCACCAUCUGGGACGGCUCCAACUGGGCAACCGCCGGCGGACGGUACAAGGUGAACUACAAGUACGCCCCCUUUGUGUCGGAGUUCUCCGAGCUGGCGUUGCAGGGCUGCCGGGUCGACCCCAUCGAGCAGGUCCCCGCCGCCGGGAGAUGCGCCGAGGAGGAGGCCCAGCUGCUGGCCGGCGACUUCGCCGCCGUCACGCCGGAGCGCCGCGCCGCCAUGAAGAACUUCCGGGAGAAGUUCAUGACCUACUCCUUCUGCUACGACUCCCUGAGGUACCCCGCCACCUUCCCCGACUGCGACAUCGUCUCCUCCGAGCAGGAGAGGUUCAAGGAGAGUGGUCACCUCAAGUUCGGCGGCGCCGGCCGUCGCCGCCACCGUCGCACCAAGCGUCGGAGCCGGAUUCCUGCCGUCGCCGGCGCGUGGGAGUGA